GGCGGCGAGGCGGAGCUGUGUCGGGCGCGGAGUGAAGGGCACCUCGCGGAGGGUAAUAAAUCAUCAUUAGUCAAGAUGUCUUCCACACCUGAACCUCCACCAUUUAAAAAGGAACCACCCAAAGAGAAAGACUUUCGAAACCCAGGGCUCAGAGGGGUGCGCACAACGACCGUAUUUCGAGCUGUGAAUCCAGAGCUCUUCAUUAAACCUAACAAAACUGUAAUGGCUUUCGGAUUGGUAACCCUUUCACUUUGCGUGGCCUACAUUGGUUAUCUACAUGCAACACAAGAGAAUAAAAAGGACCUCUAUGAAGCUGUUGAUAGUGAGGGACACAGUUAUAUGAGGAGGAAAACGUCUAAAUGGGAUUAAUCGUGCUGGUUACUGCAGAUGGAGCUUUAUUUAGGGCUGUGAAAUCUUCAGGUGAAAGAUUUGAAGUGCACAGUACCAUGUUUCUUGUUCUAGAGUAUGUUAAUGAGGAGAGAAGAUAGUAGCUGCAACCAGACCACUGUAAUAAAUUUUGUCCUUUCA